AUGCCGAAUCGCUUCCCCGUGGGUUGUUCGUGGCCCACUUUUCCCUAUCGACGCACUGGCUGCUCAACGGCCGGCAGAGACACGGAAAAUCGCGCAGAUCAGUUAUGGUCUAACGCCGAUGGUCUCUACGCUGUGCGUGCGGCCGCCUCUCACGUCGAGGCCGCAGAACAAGUCGCCCCGGAAGGAGCAGCCCCACGGGCAGUCGAUGCCCGCAAUUGGAGACUCGACUCCACUUUGCCAGUGCAGGCCAUGACCGAAGGCCGACGGCGAUGCCGUCCAAACGUUGGUUAUCGAAUUGGGCGCCCGGGAAGACUCCGUGGGAUCCGCUUCGGGUUGGAGAAUGUCCGCAUCGAGAUGAUGCACAACCGCCGCAUCGCGACUCCCUCAAGUCUUCCUGAGCGCAUGCAACCUCGAAUCUACUCUACAGAUCCCAACCGAUCGGGCAACACGAUCUCAGAAAUUCUCGGGAACGUGUGGUGCCCCACGAUGUAA